CUAAGUUCUCAGCUUGCUCAUUUUUUUUCUUCGAAAAUCUAAUUGGUUGAUCGAUUAGUUCUUACUAGAGUUGUACAGAAAUCAUGGCUGCUCCUGGGGUAGCAGAAAAGAUCAUACUCAAAAGCCCAGCCCUUCUGAAGUACAUCUUGGAAACAAGCUGCUAUCCAAGAGAACAUGAGCUAUUGAAGCAGCUAAGGGAAGCAACUGUCGAGAAAUACCAGUACUGGAGUAUUAUGAAUAUGCCAGUUGAUGAAGGGUUGCUUCUCUCCGUGCUUCUAAAGAUCAUGAAUGCAAAGAAGACAUUGGAGUUGGGAGUGUUUACUGGUUAUUCUCUUCUGACCACCGCUCUUGCCCUACCGGCUGAUGGCAAAUUUCAUUUUCAGAUAACAGCAAUCGAUCCAGAUAAAGAAGCCUACGAGGUUGGAUUGCCGUUCAUUCAAAAGGCCGGGGUGGAGCAUAAGAUUGACUUCUUUCACUCAGAUGCCUUCUCAGUCCUAAAGGAUCUCAUUAACAAUGGCAAGGAAGAAGGGAGCUUUGACUUCGCAUUUGUGGAUGCUGACAAGAAGAACUACAUCAAUUAUCACGAGCUGCUAGUAAAGCUUGUUAAAGUUGGUGGGAUAAUAGCUUACGAUAACACACUGUGGUUUGGAUCGGUUGCAGAACCGGAGGAGACGGUGGCGGAAACUUUAAGGCCAGACAGAAAUCAUGUGAUUAAGCUGAACGACUUUCUGGCAGGCGAUUCUCGUGUUGAACUAGCUUUUGUUUCAAUCGGGGAUGGCCUCACCCUAUGCAGGCGCCUAGCCUCUACUGAAACUAAUUAGUAAGAACAAGCUAGUACUAGCUACUCCCAUGUACGUUGAGGCUCUCCGUCUCUAGUAAAGAAUCCUUUCUUCAAUU